AGGAGGGCUGCUGCUUUAGACCAAGUCCUCUGAUGAGCAGGGGGCAGGAUUGUCUCAUAGUGAGGACGAUAGUGAGGACGGCACAAGUUUCACAGCAAGAACUACACAAAAAGGAAAGAAGAGAGAAUGCUGAGGAGUGUGGGCAGAGGGCUGUGGAACUAUCGCAGAUUUAUCUUCGUCAUCCUCAUUCCGCUGCUGCUGCUUCCUCUUCCACUGGUCAUCAGGACAAAGGUAGCAGAAUGUGCCUUUGUCUUGCUGCUCAUGGCUGUGUUCUGGGUGACAGAGGUGAUUCCUUUGUCUAUGACUGCCAUGCUCCCUGCCCUCCUCUUCCCCAUGUUCGGCAUUAUGAAGUCAUCCAAUGUGGCAAAAGAGUACUUCAAAGAUUUCCACUUCUUGUUAGUGGGGGUCAUCUGCCUGGCUACAUCCAUUGAGAAGUGGGGUCUUCACCGGAGAAUAGCCUUGAGACUUGUCUCCAUGGUGGGAGUCAACCCUGCAUGGCUGAUGUUGGGCUUCAUGUCUGGCUGUGCCUUCAUUUCCAUGUGGGUUCAAAACACCUCGGCAGUUACCAUGGUGAUGCCCAUUGUAGAAGCUGUGCUCCAGCAGAUCCUGAAGGCCAAGGAGUUGGGAUGUAAUGGCAACGUCAACCCUAACCUCCAGCUGAAUGAAACUGACAUGAAAACCGAAUCAAAAAAGAAAACAAUAAGCGAUGAGAGGAAACCUGACGCUCCAGCAGAAAACUUCACAUGUGUUGAGAUUCAAACACCGCCCCAGUCUGACCAGUCUGACCCAGCUCAACCCCAGUCUGACCCAGCUCAGACUGCAACGUGCGKCCCUGCUCUUGUCAGCAGGAGUCAGCAGGACCUAAUGAUGUGCAAAGCAAUGUGCAUCGGUAUUGCCUACUCAUCCAACAUUGGUGGCAUCACGACACUGCCAGGAACAUCUCCAAAUCUCAUCUUCUCUGAGUAUCUCAAUCAGAUUUACCCAGAAUGCAACUGCAUCAACUUUGGGAACUGGCUCCUGAUGUGCCUUCCCAUCAGUGUCAUCAUGCUCCUGCUCACAUGGAUCUGGCUGUACUGGUUGUUCCUUGGCUCAGACUUCACGUUCCUGUGGCAGUGUGAUGGAGUGCAGUCUGAGAAAGAGAAAGCGGCAAGAAAAGUUAUAGAGGAAGAAUACAACUCAUUGGGAGCAAUCAGGCCUCAGGAGAUCUUUACUGGCCUGGUUUUCCUGCUGAUGGUGUUGUUGUGGUUAACCAGAUCUCCAGGUUUCAUGCCUGGAUGGGCUUCUCUCUUCCCUCAUCACUCAGGCUAUAUCACGGAUGCUACUGUGGCCCUGCUGCUGGGUUUCUUGUUUUUUAUCGUCCCUGCCCAUGGACCUGACAAGAAAUAUGAGGCCAUGAUCUCCUGGGAGGAAUUUCAAGCCUUUAUGCCAUGGAAGGUUGCCCUGCUGGUUGGUGGAGGAUUUGCACUCGCCGAAGGAGCAAAGGAGUCAGGCAUGUCCCUAUGGGUGGCUGAACUGCUGAUGCCUCUGGGUGAUAUGCCAGUCUUGGCCACUGUCACAGUUGCUUGCAUCAUUGUAACCACGCUGACAGAGGUGGCCAGUAAUGCUGCGACCAUCACCAUCUUUCUCCCCAUUCUCUCUCCUCUGGCAGAGGCCAUCCACGUUAAUCCAUUAUAUGUCCUCAUCCCUACCACACUCUGCACAUCCUUUUCCUUUCUGCUGCCAGUGUCCAAUCCACCCAAUGCUGUUGUAUUUGCCUAUGGUCACAUCACUAUCAUGGACAUGGUGAAGGCAGGUCUUGGUGUCAAUGUGAUUGGAUUUCUAGCAGUCCUGUUGGCAGUGGCAACAUGGGGGGUUCCGCUCUUCUCUCUUGACACAUACCCUAACUGGGCACCAGUUCUUCCAGGCUUUAACUCCACAAUACCUUAAUAGGAGGUUCAUCACAGUUUUUGUGCAAGUUAAGCUGUUCCAUACAAACAGAAAGGAAGCAAUAAAACUGUUUUUUCUAUUUUAAGAUUCUUCAAACUGUUUCAUGAAAAAGUGCUUCCUAUUGUCAAUUUAUUCUAAAUACAAAAAGCAGGUUUCAAAUCAUUAUGAAAAAAGUUAUCUGAACCAACCUGGUUUUAGGUUAAAAAAUACACAUAAUAGUUUGUGUUGCUUUUUUAUGUAUAAAUUUGCUCCUUUAAAUAAAAACAGUUUGAUGUCAAUAUGUUCUAAUUUCCUUUGUGAUGAGCAUAACUUUUGCUAAUAAAAAAGCAACUAAAGUAAAAUUGUAAUAAGGUACUUGUUACUUUUAAUAUAGUAACUUUAUUUGCAUUUAAGUGCAAUUUUUAUAGAAAUAACUUCAGCAUCACUGUCUUUUCUUUUGAACAAAUUAGUAAUUAUUUCCUGCACUUUUAUCGGGUUUUGAUUUAGCUUGAAUUACAAAUUCACCGUCCUGCAGUGUUUCCCAGUUUUUAUUUUAAAGUCUA